CAUGGCGGACUAGGAGAGGCGGCACGACAGCGCCCGGAUACAGCGAGCAAAACGCGGGAUACAGGCACCCCGGCGUGGCGGAGAGCACAGAAACCGAUCCCAGUGGAAGAGAGGAGGAGGCAGGGCAAAGGACAGGGCAAUUUAGGACUUAUUUGGACAUGUAAUUUUGAGGCAGGUUCCGAGCGGGCCGUGUAGAGCGCAACCUCGGUACUCGGGGUGAGGAGGAGUCCGGGGCCGGGACAUCGAGUGCUGGAUACCAACUUCACCAAGCUCUGCUGUCCUGUGCAUCUAAUAACGGUCUACGGUGUGUGGGAAAGGGCGGUGAGGUAACUGUUGUGCGAAUGAGUGAGUGAUGCAGAGCACUUUUUUGCAGGGCAGUAUGGGUUUGUGUCCCCUGCUCCUGUUGUUUGCCUUGACCUUUGGUUGGGCCCAGGAAACAACACAGCUUACAGAUCAGGGGCAGGCUGUAUCACUCAGUACCAUAACUACUAUUCGAUACAACCUCACUCGUGACCCCGCCCCUUCAUCCUCAGCCCGGCCCACCGGACAACCCGAUAAUGGGGGCUUCACAAAAGUAACAGGAGAGUUACCAGCUCCAGGGGUCUCUGCAACUCCUUCUACCCUUCCCCCUGCUCCUGCUUCUCCCCGGACCAAUAACACUACUAAUCACACCAGUGCCCCGCCCCCAGGCCCUACCACCAUUACAGGAGGAGCAGACACAAGUCGUGCCACAACCCUGACCGUUUCCUCCACAACUUUGAGCCCUUUCACUACGACCUCCUCCAAUAAUUCUACUAAUGCCUCAAAUUCUGAAGCCACAGAGAUUUCAGAAAUCACCAUCGCCACCACAAAGCACACCGACUCUCCUCCAGUUAACGGUGGUGAAGACACUGCAAUCAUCGCUGUGACGGUGGCAUUAUCGUCUCUGCUGGUCAUCAUCUUCAUCAUCAUUGUUCUCUACAUGCUCAGGUUUAAGAAGUACAAGCAGGCGGGAAGCCACUCAAACUCCUUUAGACUGACCAAUGGCAGGACGGAUGACACAGAGCUUCAGAGUGUGCCACUGUUGGCCCGCUCGCCCAGCACAAACCGGAAGUACCCACCUCUUCCAGUGGACAAGCUUGAGGAGGAAAUGAACCGCCGCAUGGCUGAUGACAACAAACUCUUCCGGGAAGAAUUUAAUGCCUUGCCAGUUUGCCCCAUCCAGGCCUCAUGUGAUGCCGCCUCCAAAGAAGAGAACAAGGAGAAGAACCGUUACGUCAACAUUCUGCCCUACGAUCACUCCAGGGUCCAUCUCUCCCCUCUAGAGGGCGUCCCAGACUCAGAUUUCAUCAACGCCUCAUACAUUAAUGGUUAUCAGGAGAAGAACAAGUUUAUAGCUGCCCAAGGGCCAAAAGAGGAGACGGUGAACGACUUCUGGAGAAUGAUCUGGGAGCAGAAUACUGCCACCAUCGUCAUGGUGACCAACCUGAAGGAGAGAAAGGAGUGUAAAUGUGCUCAGUAUUGGCCGGAUCAGGGAUGCUGGACAUAUGGGAACAUCCGCGUUUCUGUGGAGGACAUGACUGUGCUGGUGGACUACACCGUCCGCAAGUUUUGCAUUCAGCAGGUGGGGGAUGUGUCCGGGAAGAAGCCCCAGAGGCUGGUGACUCAGUUCCAUUUCACCAGCUGGCCAGAUUUUGGAGUGCCCUUUACCCCUAUCGGCAUGCUUAAGUUCCUUAAAAAGGUUAAAGCGUGCAACCCACAGUAUGCUGGACCCAUAGUGGUGCACUGCAGUGCGGGUGUCGGGAGGACGGGCACCUUCAUCGUAAUCGACGCAAUGUUGGACAUGAUGGCUGCCGAGAGGAAGGUGGACGUUUUCGGCUUCGUCACAAGAAUCCGAGCCCAGCGGUGCCAGAUGGUCCAGACUGAUAUGCAGUACGUAUUUAUUUUCCAGGCUCUGUUGGAACACUACCUGUAUGGAGACACCGAGCUGGAGGUCACCUCUUUAGAGUCUCACCUAGCCAAACUCUACGCUCCUUUACCUGGAGCCGGUUGUGGUGGACUGGAGGCGGAGUUUAAGAAACUCACCUCUAUAAAGAUCCAAAAUGAUAAGAUGAGAACUGGGAACCUUCCGGCCAACAUGAAGAAGAACCGUGUGCUGCAGAUCAUUCCAUAUGAGUUUAAUCGAGUGAUCAUUCCUGUAAAGCGUGGUGAGGAGAAUACAGACUAUGUCAAUGCCUCCUUUAUAGAUGGCUACAGGCAAAAGGACUCGUACAUGGCGAGUCAAGGCCCUUUGCAGAACACCAUAGAGGAUUUCUGGAGGAUGAUCUGGGAGUGGAGGAGCUGCUCUAUUGUGAUGCUAACUGAACUGGAGGAGAGAGGACAGGAAAAGUGUGCUCAGUACUGGCCCACUGACGGAGUGAUGGCAUGUGGUGAUAUGUCUAUUGAGAUGAAGAGAGAGGAGGAAUGUGAGAGUUACACUGUCAGAGAUCUGCUCGUCACCAACACCAGAGAGAAUAAAUCUCGUGUUGUGCGUCAGUUCCACUUUCACGGCUGGCCUGAGGUGGGGAUCCCUGCGGACGGUAAAGGCAUGAUUAACAUCAUUGCGGCCGUGCAGAAACAGCAGCAGCAAUCUGGAAACCACCCAAUCACAGUGCACUGCAGCGCCGGCGCAGGUCGUACGGGCACUUUUUGCGCUUUGAGCACGGUUCUGGAGCGUGUAAAAGCAGAGGGCAUUCUAGACGUCUUUCAGACAGUGAAGAGCCUGCGACUGCAGCGACCACACAUGGUGCAGACACUGGAGCAGUAUGAAUUUUGCUACAAAGUGGUCCAGGAAUACAUCGAUGCCUUUUCCGACUAUGCCAACUUUAAGUAGGGACUCUACUGAGCGAGCAACGUCCUCAGCCUCUCACACAAACACGCGUACGGUUACACACGCAAGCACAGCACCGGACUGGCUGCAAUCACAGAAAAGGGAACAAGGACAGAGGAGGACGAGAGGGGUGGCAUUUUUGUCAGAAGAGGCCAAAAAAAAGAUGCCUUCUUGAGUAUUUUGUAAUUUUGUGUAUUGUCUUGUUAAUAUGUUUCUCUUUACUGUUUUUUUGUUUUCCAGUGUAAAUACACUUCCCUUACCAUUUAUUUGUUUUUAGAUGCAAGUUUUAGAGUGACUUUUUUUUUUCCUAAUGUAGUUUACAAGUAUAUGAAUAUAGAUAUAGUUAUAUGACUCUAAACUGGUUUUGAAAUGAACAGCUGGACCAUGGGGUGAUUUUCUUUUUUUUCCUAUUUCUAUUUGUGCAGCUGAGUGAUGCAGACCUGACCACUCAAACCUGUUUCACGUUUGCUUACAGCCAUAUUUAGUGGCUCACUUACACAAAUAACACCAAAACAUAACCUAUAGAGCAUUGCAUUUUCCUAAAAGAUGCAGUGUGUUGAAAAGACCUAUGCUGGAAAAAACAGGGUGAUUUUUCUUUCUCUUUAAAAAACAAAAAGGAGCGCAUUGUAGUGGAAGAGGUACAUCCCAGUUUAUUAUGGAUGACCAUUUCAAAACCGACGACUGUGUGAUUUGCCUCUCAUAAAAAAAAUUUAAAAAAAGGCCAAAACUGUUUUUGAUGCCGUUACAGCAUCUGGGCAUCCACAGUGGAUCAGUUCUUAAUAUAAAUGUUUGUGGUCAUGUGGUUUUCAAAAAUGUCUAAACAGGUGCUUUUUUCCCACACAAUACAAAAUGGCACAAAAUCUUUUUAGGGAUCUUAGAAACAAGAUGGGACACAUGCUUUCAGGGGAAAAAUAAAACUUUGUUGUCAGAAUUACUUCUUAUAAGGUUCUGUCGUUCACAAACCUUAAGGAAGAACUGAUGAGCUCUGAAAGGUUGUUCAGUUAGUCUUGGGGCGUUAACAAGCUUGAUCAUUUCUACUCACAAGCACGAGUGCAACCAGUAUGCGUGAAGAAACACUUUUUGAAAAUGUCUAAUAGGAAAAAAAAGGUGGUAGUAUCUGAUUAACUUAAAUCUGGUCCCAUUUGUGUAGCCUGUAGACUGAAUGUGACAGGUCAUGGUUCUCUUUGCAUCCUUUUAUCUGGCAAUUCCUCCUUUCCUUUUAUUAGCACUUUUGGGUGAAGCAGUCCUCUAAACACUCCACUGAGCCAGUCGUACGCAAAGCAGCCGAGAACCUUUCUUUUUUUCUUUUUACUAACUUUUCGCUAUUCACUUGUUUACAUAACUUUUGAAGUUUAAGAUGAAAGUGAUUAAGGCAUGCUAAACUAAAAAUACUAAAUGGGGUUUAUUCGUUUUGAUUUUCUUUUUGUUAUGGAUUAAAGGCCGAGUCUCAAGAAGCCAUAAAUAAAUCAAUACCCCAAACAAACCAUGCAACCACUCGUUGAUCAACAAAAUACUAACACUGCAGCUCACCAGUAUUUUUUUUUUUUACCUGAUUUGUCUGCUACAGUAGCUUCAGGCUGAUUGUUGGUAAACAGUUGAAACGAGCGCUGUAUGUAAAAUUCCUGGACAUCUGAAUCGGAGCCUACACACUGCUGACAAGGAAAUGAGCCUUGAGAUAUCAGUCCUGUCCUGGAUACAUUAGUCAGAUUAUUAUUAUUAUUAUUAUUAUUAUUAUUAUCAUUUUUAAAAUACAGGUUUGUGACAGAUUUCUUUAUGUAAUGGAAGUCUUGCUGAUUCCGUUUUUAAUUCAAAAAUCAUAUUAGAAUCUGUCCAUCUGUAUUGUAUGUAGGACCAAGAGACUUCCCUCAUCUGAGGUAAACCUGUUUAUUUGUGUAAUGUUUAAAAAUCAAGUUUAAGGGUUGUUGUGCUUAAACAGCUUCGACUUAAAAUGACUGACAUACUCAUUCGUUACAAAUGCAGCAAAUAGCGAUUAGAUUAGCGAAAAACGCUAUUUAGGUUUUUUUUUCCUUCCCUCACCUUAAUGAAACACUGUGCCAAUACACACUCUGAGUAAAGUAACCCCACUCAAACCUUCUACCCUCUGUUAGCUCUGCCCCUUUAGUCCUGCCUUCCUGAAGGUGUGGAUCGCUGAGCAAGUGCCUAUGGAAUAACUUUACUGCUUUUUGUGGGUGGCCUAAAUGAGCUCUGGCCUCAGCUUUUACUGGCUUUUAUAACUUCCAGUGGUGAAAUUUCAGGAAUCCUUUUAAGCUGAUGUGUGUUUAAUCUUUUAAAAUGGGUUUCCGUUAUUGUCCAACACCCCGCAUAAGAUCAGAAAUGCUUUAAUUGUUAAAGCUGUCAAGCUUAAUACAUGCUAUCAAACCAUAUUUGUAGACUCUAGCUAGUUCCAGCCCUCAGUGUCUGUGAAAUAUUCCAGUACUUUUGGAAAACAGCAUUUUGUUCAUAUUAAGGUUCUGAAUGUUGCAUCAGUCAGGGGAUAAAACCUGCAAGAAAAAAAAAAUGAACGCAGGACGAACCGAGAAUAAGAAAUUCCUCUCAUGCUGUUUUUUUCUGCUCUUUUUUUAUCCAUUCCUAAGUGUCUCUUUUUAAUUGGGUCACAUUGUAAAUUUGACCUCCCCACCUUGUGUACGUCAUCCUUUUGCUUUCAUCAUCCUAAAUGUUCCCAUCUGUACAUAAUGUUAUUUAUAUUUCAUUUCUUUCUGUCACCUUGCUUAUUUUUCUAUUCAUAUACAUUUGUAUAAUAAACUGUACUUGGACCUUUUUUUUUUUUUUUGAAAGUAUUAGAUUUUCCUUCCAUUUUUUAAAGUUUGGUAUUAUUAUUAUUAUUGUCUUAAAAACAAUUAUUUUUAAUUUGCAUCUGUUUUUAUAGUGUUAUUCAGAAUUUUGAAUAUAUGUGUAUAUAAUUAUAUAUAUAAUAAAAAGUUAUAUAUAAUUAUAUAAUGCUAAAUAGCCUUUCUAAGCAAGGAGUUGUUCCAACCUAAUAAAAAAAUGCUUGAGAUUUUAUCAUUG